GAGAGGGAGAGCAGGGAAGGGAGGAGGCGCCGGCGCCGCGGCGGCCUGAGCCGCGGGGGGGGGGGGCGGGGGAAAGGGGCACCAACAUGGCGGCUCCAUAUUAACUUUCCCCCCCUUCGGCAGCCGCUGCCACCGCCCGCCGCCCCCUCGCCUCGGCAGCCGUCAUGCCGGGCAUGAUGGAGAAAGGAGUCGAGCUCCUGGGGGGCGGCAAGAGUAGGGGGGCCCCCAACGGCACCAAGAACGGCGGCGGAGGCGGCAGCCCCGGUUCCAACGGGCACUUUUCUGAGGCGGAGAGCGGAGGAGGAGGCGGUGGCGGCGGCGGCGGCGACAGCGGAGACGAGCACGGUGCGAGCUUCAGCCUCCCUCCACCAACACCCCACCAGCCCCUUCCCUCCGAGACUAGACUCGGGUUGGGCCUGGUCGCUUCGCCACUGCGCACUGGCUUGGCUGCAUGGCGGCUGCACCACGGAGCCUGUAUAUAUAAAUAUAUGUUUGUGUGUGUGUGUGUAUCUGCCGGGGUGUGUGUGCGCAGGGUGUGUGUACGUGUGAACGCGCCCUCGCGUUCGCGCAAAGCGAGUGGUGGGUUGAAGCGCGCGCGUGGAGGGCUCGACUGAGUGAGGGUAAAAAGUGCAAGUAUGUGUGUGUGUCUACUGUGGGCAUAUGUGUGUGCGCGCGAGGGCGCGCUCUCCCUGCCUCCCCGUGGGCGUGCGCAAUAUGUGUGUUCGUGUGUGUGCGCGCGCGCCAGCCUGUCCGCUUCUCCAUCCAUCCAUCCGUCCGUCCGUAUCCCGUUGAGAGUGGGUGUGCAUUUUCACAAUGGACACGCGUGUAUCGCAGCCGCACCUCGGGCGCGGCGUUGCCUUUCUCUUUAGGUGCGUGCGGGCGUGUUUUGUGCGUACACUAUGGUGCAGAUUUAGUAGUGUAAGCCUUUCAAACGAGGACGAAUUACGAAGGGAUUGCCGGCAUGCAGGUCUAUUUUAUGUGCAUCGCCUUAUAAUCUUCACUAUUUGUACCUUGAGUGGGUUAGAGAUGCACGCUGAUGCAUACAGUCGGGCCAACACCUUGCAGUAUUUGCACAAUAAAAAAAAAAGUGGAGGGGAUGUUGGUGUCAAACCGUAUGGGUGUUUUGUUUUGUUUUUUAAAAAGAAUGAUUUUAAAAAUAAUUAUUCACCUUUUGGAAAUUAUUGCCUACCUAGAGUGUUAAAAGGAAGUAGGGUUUUCUUUUUCCGGUGUGAGGUAGUAGUAGUGGUGGUGAUGGUGGGUGAUCUGCACCCCACCCCCCAUUUCUUUCUCUCUCUCCACACUUGUUCAAAGGGUGAAAGGUUUGAGGCUAUCAAAAUAACAAGGUUUGGCUGCAGUGGUGGUCUUGGAUUGGCUUGCUUGUGAUGCUUCUAGCUCACAAUCUAUAUUGUUUAAAGAUCACACUUCAUGACUGAAGAAAACAGCGUCUUUCCCCCACCGCCCCUCUAAGUGAUGCAUUUAUUUUUUCUUCCGUUGCAGAUGUAGGAAUGAGGGUCGGAGCAGACUAUCAAGCUCGCAUUCCUGACUUUGAUCCUGGUAAAUACUCUUUUUAAAAAAUAUAUAUGUGUGUGUAACCUGGUAUCAUUUGGUCUUUCGAAAAUGGAGUUUUAUUGCAUGGUUGUUGGAGGGAGACUGAAUAGGUGUGCAUUCAGUUGAAUAUUGUGUGUAUGUGUAUGUGUAUGUGUGACUUGCAUUUGUGAAGGUUAAAGGUAUGGGAUUUUCUUUGCUCUCCCAAGCUUUGUGCUGCUUGUUUGUGGUCACUGAAGCUUCACAGGGCCAGCAUUUGCUCUGUGCAAGCUAAAGUGAACAGGCCUCAUAUAUGGGAGAGGAGGGUGGCUAUUACCUUAUAGGAAGGAAAUGAGGGGGUGUAAAAAAAAAUGUUUUGCUUUUUAAACAGCCCAUAUUGAAUCUAUAGUAGUUUGGGAGCAAUACUGCUUAUCGUAGUAAUUUAUAUAAUGUGGAUUUUUCAUUGUAAUUAAAAGGGGCAGAUACUGAAGUUUAUAGGAUUGUAGAAUCCUACUGUAGAUUGUACCCAAUGCUUUGGUGAACCAUGUGUCAAUGUACAGGCAAACUUGUACUCGUUGACACUAAUUUAAGUCUGUUUUGAUUUGCAUGGACAAAGAAGAGGAUUUAUAUUAUUGUAACACACACAUUCUCAUUCCUUGCUUUGGCCACAAGGAAGCACUGUCAACUCUCUUGUUCUUUAGACCUGUACCCAUAUGUCUGUUGAUUCCUGCUACUAGAGUGAUUCCCUUCUCUUGAGGUUUGAGUUUACAUCAGUAGCCUGGCCUUUGAUGUUUUACAACAUGCUAAGUAUAUGGCUUUUAAGGGGGAAGCGAACUAUUUCUUUUCCCCUUUUAGAAAUGCUCAUUUGAGUCAUAGUGGAGGCCUUUGUUGAUCAUAAAUGUGUGGUUUUACAGCAUCAAUACUGGUCUGAAAAAUAAAUGACUCCUGAGAAUUCUAGGUUUUGGGCAGCAUCCAGUUAUGUCCACUCACUUGUGGAACCAAAAUGUACUUGUGCAAAAGGACUUUGGGUUUCUGUCCCCCUUUCCCCAGUUUCCUGUGGCCCUCUUGUCACUCUGAGGCAGGCAUAGGCAAACUCCGGCCCUCCAGAUGUUUGGGACUACAAUUCCCAUCAUCCCUAGCUAACAGGACGAAUGGUCAGGGAUGAUGGGAAUUGUAGUCCCAAACAUCUGGAGGGCUGGAGUUUGCCUAUGCCUGCUGAGGAUUCCCCAUGUCUCUGGUGCAGAUGCGGGGUUUGCAGGAAGGAGGAGACUAAGGAGAGUCUUGUUGCACAUGUGAAUACCCACUCAUGCUACAUUGGAUCUUGACCUUCUAAUGUAUACAUGUCAUAUAGGCUAAUAAAUUGUUGACCUUAAGCUUGAUUAAUCAUUUUUAAGAUCCUUUAAGAAGUUAUUAGCCCGAAAUGACUUUAAGUUCAGUGUAUUUCUUUUGUUCCCUUUCUCAAUAAGGAAUCUGUUUGUGUUUUCUUUUCAUCUAUUUAAGGUAAAUAUUAAAUACCCUGAGUUGCUAGUGUGAAACAGCUCUUGACCUGCUGCAGGUAAAAUAUUGUGAUGGGUUUAACUCUUGACUGGUCACAAAUUUCCUGUUGAGACAUAAGUGUCUCGUGGAUAAGUGUGGACACUGAGCAUUUGCUAUGACUCAUGUACAACCAGUUGCAGUUUAUCAUAUGUUGUUGCUUUUUCAUAAUGAUGGAGACCCCAAUCUCUUGAUCUUCUAUAUCCUUUUGGAUAAUCUGGGGGCGCCAGGCCUAUUCACAUAUGUUCCUCUCGGCUCAUUCAGUGAUACAAAUAUAGGGGAGGUAUAAUCAGUGCUAUUUUUCGAGAAAAAGAGUUGCUGGAACUCACCAGGAAUGCCUCCCUUGUUCUCUUAUAAUGGCAAUGGCGCCCACCUGAGAGGUGUCAGAACUGAGUUCCUGUGAGUUCCAGCUGAAAAAAGCCCUGGGUAUAAUAUGUGGUCAUCUGCACCGCCAGAUAGAUGGAUGAUGGCUGCAGGGUGACAAGUACACAGCUCAUAAUUACCUAAUUUUGAUCCUUUCUGCUAUGGAACUUUUUCGGAGGAAAAUAAUAACUUGAGAGAACUGGCUGUGUAAAAAGAUAACAGCAGCAGAUUAUGACAGCCUAUCUAUUAGCUAUUUCUUCCUUCUCUCUAUGAAUACCCUUGUCUUUCGCCAGCUGUUCUUCCAGAAAUGUGAUAAGGUUUUCCAUGCCAAAAGAGUAGAGUGAAUGUUGUUCUACAUCCUUCAUCCUGUGCACUUCUUUUUAGGCAGCCUAAAUAGUGGUAUACCAUAUUGCCUCCAAAGUUUUUCACAGUCUUUCAAAAACCUUUUGCUAGGAUAUUGUUUUGUGUUGCCUGCUCCAGCAUGGUUUUUCAUGAGUUGUGUAAUGAAGGGUAGGUAGGUAAUUUCUUGGGAUGGAUUACUAUUUGUUAGUAUUUGAGGCUGAUACUGCACUGAGAAUGUCUUGCUAGAUCAGACUGAUACAUCUAAUUUGGCCCUUUCCCUGGAUGACCAGGUAGAUGGUAGACUUUUAGUAACCUGUUAUCUUUUUGUUUGGUGCAGUGGAAAAUGGAAGAUUGUCUUCCAGUGAACUCUAGGACUCCUGGCAUUUGUGUCAGAUGGACAAGAUGACAGGAUUGCCAAAGUAUGUGAAGGCAAACUGCAUGAAGAGGGGAGGGAACAAAUAAAUGAAAUAGUAUGUCCAUUUCUGUAAACUGUGUAUAGGUACAAUGAAAACUUUAAAGUUGCAGGCUCACAAAGGUUGGAGAAAGCAGCAUUUUUUCACUUGAGAGCUAUCUUGAAUCACAGAAUGUAGAGUUGGAAGGUAUCUCAAGGAUCAUCUAGUCCAGCUUCCUGCAAUGCAGGAAUCUGAACUAAAUCAUAAAUGACAGGUGGUCAUCAAACCUCUGCUUAAAAACCUAUGAAGGAGAGUCCAUCAUUUUCCAAGGGAGUCCAUUCCACUGUCAAUUAGCUCUUACCACCUGAAAUUUCUUCCUGAUGUUUAGUCCUUGUAACUUGACGCCAUUGGUUUGGGUCCUGGCCUCUGGAACAGGAGAAAGUACAGUGGUAACUCUGGUUAAGAACUUAAUUCGUUCCGGAGAAACGUUCUUUACCUGAAGCCAUUCUUAACCUGAGGUACCACUUUAGCUAAUGGGGCCUCCCACUAUGCCGCUGGCGCACGAUUUCUGUUCUCAUCCUGGGGCAAAGUUCUUAACCCGAGGUACUACUUCCGGGUUAGCGGAGCCUGUAACCCAAGGUGUUUGUAACCCAGGGUACCACUGUAAACUUGCUCCAUCUUCCAUGUGACAGCCCUUGAAAUAUUUGAAGAUGGCAUUCAUAUCCCCUCUCUGUCUCCUCUUUUCCAGGGUAAACAUACCCAACUGCCUCAACCAUUCCUCAUAAGGCUUGGUUUCCAGACCGUUGAUCAUCUUGGUUACCCUCUGCACACAUUCCAGCUUGUCAAUUUCUUCUUUAUAUUGUGGUGCCCAGAACUAAACACAGUACUCCAGGUGUGGUCUGAUCAAAGCAAAAAUAGAGUGGUAGUAUUACUGCACUUAAUCUGGACACUGUAGGUCUGUUGAUGCAGACUAGAAUAGCAUUAGCCUUUUUUGCUGCUUCUUCACAGUGUUGGCUCAUGUUAAACUUGUGGUCUGCUUAGACCUCUAGAUCCUUUUCACAUGUUCUACUGACAAGCCAGGUGUCCCCCACCUUAUAUUUGUGCAACUGGUUCUUUCUGCCUAAUUGUAGAACCUUAUAUUUGUCCCUAUUGAAAUUCAUUUAUUAGUUCUCCAAUCUGUUAAAGUCAUCUUGAAUCCUGAUUUUGUCUUCUAUGGCAAUGGUUCCCAGUUGGUGGGAACGUGUAACCCAGAGGUCCAUGUAACCCACCCUGGGGGUCCGUGGCACCACUCAUAUAACAAAAACUACAAUAGAGAUAUCAAAAUUUUCAAAAGCAGGGGGUCCAUUGCUUGGCUUUUGAAAAAUGGGGAGUCUGCAGUACUUAGUUAAUUGGGACCCACUGUUAUACAUUAGUAGCACUAGCUACCCUUCCUAGUUUGGUGUCAUCUACAAAAUUGAUGAGCAUCUCCUCAGUUCCUUCAUUUAAGUCAUUUAUAAAGACAUUGAACAACAAAGGGUCCAGGGCAGAACCUGCAGUAUCCCACUUAUCACUUUUUUCCAGGAUGGUGAAGAGCCAUUAGUGAGCACUCUUUGGAUUCGGUCAGUCAACCAACUAUAAAUUCACCUAACAGUUACCUCAUCCAGCCCACAUUUUACCAACCUAUCUUCAAGAUUAUAAUGGGAGGCUUUGUCAAAAGUCUUAGUGAAAUUAAGAUAAACUACAUCCACAGCACUCCCCUGAUCCACCAAGCUUGUUGCUCCAUUAAAAAAAGAAAUGCGGUUCGUGACUUGCUUUUGAGAAACCCAUCCUGGGUCUUAUUAAUCCCAGCAUCCUUUUACAGACUGAUGGUUUAAUUAUCUGUUCUAGGACCUUUCCUGGUGUCAUUGUCAAGCUGCCUGUGCAGUAGUUACGUAAACAAACAAUAAGCUUCCUCCAUCUUCCGUAAUACGGCUCUUUAGAUAUUUGAAGGUGGCUUUUGUAUCUCCCUCUCAAGUCUUCUUUUUCCCAGGCUAAACAUACCCAGUUCAGCUGUAGUGAGUGGAUAUUGUCCUGGUAGUUGUGUGGUGAUUCCUAUCUCUCCAGCUGCAAGAUUGGGAGGAAGGCUGCAGGUUGUUUGGCAGCUGUGUGGCUGAGGCACGUGAUAAGCCUUGGCCACCUGGGACCAAGCCAGCAUAAACAAACAGCAAUAAUAAUAAUGUCAUGAUUUCUGUCCUGGAGCAUUAAACAGAGUGGGGUAGGAAUUUCAACAUGGAGCAUCUUGCAGCAGCAACAACCAAUGCUGUUCUAGUCAGUCCUUUCUUCAGGAAGCUUCAGAGCAAUAAGCUGUGUACAAAGCAAAAUUUUACCAAAUAUAAGAAAUUAUCCCCUUAAUAUCACGAAAAGAGUAAGUAGGUCUUUGAUUAAAUGUUGAGGGCAUUAAGCUCUCGUGCUUGUUAAUAAAUUUCUCAGAAAAGCUUUCCAUAGGGGAAAAUUGGUAGCAGGCCUUGGACCAACCCAUUAUAUCUUUCUGUGAGGCUCUGCUUCCCAAUUUUGAUAAUAAAUGUAAUAAUUUAAGUCUGGUAUUGUCAUGACACAAGUCAGGUACACUGUAAGCAUUAAAUUGAGGUAUCAUUAAUGGAUAAACACUCCCAAGAAACAAAAAUGUCAUUUAUCUUCUUUUUUAGAGCGUUGAUCUUUUUAGGUUGAUAAUUACAUUUGUUAAACCAUCACUGUACAUUCAAAAUAACAAUUUCUUUCCUCAUUGUGACUCUUUUUUUGCAGUUUUUUGGGGAGGGCGGGACUUGCAUUUUUAUUAUAUGUCUGAAAAAUGUUGGGAGAUGUGCCUUCAUUCCAUUGAGGAGCAGGUGCUGGGGGUGUCUAAACUAAUUUCUAUGGUCCAAGCUUGGGAUAUCUGCAUUCUGGGAAGGAAGAAAUGCUUCAUCUUUGAGUACAUCUCAAAGACUUGUUUGUUUACUAAACACAAGUAAAAUCAAACCAGAUGGGAUCUGGAUGGAGACCAAAAUGCAAACUGAAUAUUUUUCAGAAUCCAGUAUAUUUUUCAGUUGAAAAUUUCCUAGAAAACCCAAUGCUAGUGUUGCUUUUAUAUCUGUAUCUAUAUCUGAUUUAUAUACUGCUUGAGUGUUGAAAACCCCUCAAAGCUACUGUCUCCUACGUAUCAUGGAAAGUCUCAUAGGCUUCCACUGCAGCUGUCUGUUGGGAGGUACAUGAUGAAGAGUUGAGGUGCUGCGUCUCUCAGCUUUCUUUUUGUCCAUCUUCCUAUUAUGACUGUUAACUAGGAGCAAACCAUACAUCUUGCAAGUAAUGUGUCCUAUUUGUUGUCAGUUGUUUGGUGUGUUGCAGUACUCUGGCUCUUCCCAUUGCUAUGUGACUUCCAGGGCUCUCUUAUUUCUGCUUGGAUAAACUUAUUUCCACCGGAUGAUAACACAGGUUUUGGGCUAGUGGAAAUUUGAACCUCUCCCACACAGUCGUAUGUCUUUUAAUGAUGAGAAAAUCUAAUAAAAUGUCCUUCCCUAGGGAUAGUGUGGAUGGUCCUCUCUUGAUACACUUCAGUGUUCACAGAGGCAGUUUUUACAGUACCUGACUAGUUGCCUUUGGCUUCCAGCUUCACUUUUUCUGCUUGCGAUUCUCUCCUCGUUCCUUGUUCAAGAAACACUUUGCACAGAACUUAGUGGUGUGAAGCGGGAUCCUGUAUUAAUGAGUGGCACUCAACUAAGUUUUACUCAGAAUAAGCACAUUAAUAUUAAUAGACAUAACUUAGUCAUGUUUGUUGUUUUCAGUCUAUCUACUUGGAGUAAAACUUAAGUUGAAGACCACCUAACAAGAAGGUGCUCAGUACAGUGGUACCUCGGUUUAAGAACAGUCCUGUUUACGAACGAUUUUAUGAACAGUUUUAUGAACGAACUCCGCAAAACCAGAAAUAGUGUCCCGGUUGGCUAACCUUACCUCGGUCUAAGAACGGAAUCUGAACGGUGGAAGGGCACUGGCGGCGGGAAAGCGCUUCUCAGUUUAAGAACAGUUUUGGUUUAAGAACGGACUUUGGAAUGGAUUAAGUUUGUAAACUGAGGUACCACUGUAGUGUCUAUAGCUCCACACAGAAAGGUGGAUGAGGUGUGCAGUUGUAACCCAGAUUCAAGUAGUUCUUUCUGUUACGUUUUGUUUCAUUGAUAAUUACAUUUGCAGAGAUCACUGGGCUUAACCAGUGCUGUAAACUGUACAUGUUUUUAAUGCACCAAGAAUGAACUGUAGGUGCUUUGCCAGCUCCAGCAUGUGCAUGCUUAAUGUUCAGUGUGCACUUAACCUUGCAUUCCCAGACAUCGUUGAAAUGUUUAUCCCCAAGGACACCUCUCUACUGUUCUUUUGGCCUUUGCACAUGGGAUUAUUUUAGCUGUACCAAGGUUGCUUGUCUUUGGGAGGAAAGUCUACUGUUUCCCAAUAUUUCUCACAUCAGCUCUCAAAAAAGAGCUUAGGGCCUGUGCUACUUGAAACAUUGAUUGUGUCUUAACCAUAACUGUUCUAUUUCUACAAAACUCAGAGAACAGAGGUAUUCUGCGUAAGUGAAGAACAACAGACUAUAUGUCGUCCACUUGUAUAUGACUGCUUUUUACCGUCUGUGAGUUAAGUGUUCUCUUAAAAUAAUUGAACAACUUAAUCUUUCUUCUAGGAGCUACAAAAUACACAGAUAAAGACAAUGGAGGGAUGCUUGUGUGGUCUCCAUAUCAUAAUAUUUCAGAUGCCAAGUGUAAGUUCUGUGGAAUCCAUUAAAUAGUGUUCUGUCAAUUGCUUUGUAUAAGAAUCACAUCGCAUGCUAUAAAAAUGCUACACAUACAAGCAGUUUCUUGUAGGCUUUAGCUCCCAAGAUGCUCUAGUUUGAAUGUAGCUCCCAAGAUGCUCAGUCACAUUCACUACUGCUCCCAUAACCCGCAUCUAAUAUCUUUCCAGUUUAGAGAAAUUGCCACUGAAAGAUCUGGCUAGCUGGCUGUUUUUAACACCCUUUAAAAAGUACUUCUUUAAAAAGUCUUGUAUGCUGCCAGUAAUGUAUGUGCUUAAUUUUCAAGCAUAUUCUCAUACUCGUUUUUUAAAACUUUCAGGACACGGCUGGUAACUUCUAGUGUUAAAUGGUCCAGCCUGGCAAGGUGUUAAAGUGUGUUCCCGCAUUUAACAAGUGAAUUCUCUUUCCAGGUUGACAGAGGUAUUAAUACUGUUACAGUUCAUGCAGACAUUCUGCAUCUGCUAUAAAAGGUGUGCUGUAGCACACUGUACUUACUGAACAUAGGAGAAGCAUUGCUUGACCAGACCAAGAGUCUGUUUAAUCUGGCAUCCUGCUUUCUGCAGCGGUCAACCAGAUGCCUCUGAUUCUGAAGCUUACAUAUACCUACCAUGACUAAUAGCCGUUUAAAGAUAUAUUCUCCAUUAAUAUGUGUUCAAAUGCUGCUAUAAUAUGGGCAUUUGAAACCCUUCUCUAGUUCUACCCAGUGGUCAGUCCUCCUUUCCCUAUCAGGUAAUUAGAGAAUAUUCUGCUGGCCAGAGGCUCAUGUGUCCACUUGGAGUCCUUGCAUUCUUUUGGUACCACUAUAUAUAGCCCCCUUCCCCCAAGUUCUCUCCUUACCACACAACAACUCAGUUGGCAGGGAGUAUUCUUAACUUUUCUUCUCUCAAGGGUGGUAUCAGUUGAGAGCCAAAGAAAGAGGAAGGGGAGUUGGUGAGUAGAAAGUUUUGUUUUUGUUUUAACUCAGAGAGUGAGAUGCCAGGAAUCUUAGACGUACAGUAUAAGAGACAAUUCUUAUAGUACUCCCAUGAGAAGUAUCAGAAGUAGAUUUCAUCUCCCUGUAAUGUGAAGUUUGCAGUCUUGCUUCAAGAGCAUGGAUGAUUUUCACCAAGAAAGAGCCAUGCCACGUGUCCAUCAGCUUCUCCUUUUUAUGUCACACUUCUUACAUAAAAUACAGAUUUGUGACUGAAAGAUCCUAGAGAGCAGGAUACACAGCCUGUGAAAGAGUAUCCCAGAGCACAGAGAGGCAAUUGAGAAGGCCCUGCUCAUCACAGAGGCUAAUCUGGCACCUGAAUAUGAUGAAAUUUGAAGCAGUGCCUCUCCUGUUUAUGGAUCGGAUGUUUAAAUGUAUUUGCUUAAGCAGUCUAAAUGAUUGCAACUUUGAUCACCAGUCCUUUUUCCACUAGAGAAUCUCUGGAAUAUUUCCCAGUUGAAAAAAAUAAUGGUCACUAUUAACAUGGCCUCAAACUGUAUAUUUUAUGUGGACGCAUCUGUGCAUAAUCUAGAUUGAACAUUUAUCUUCUAGAAAGGAGCAUAAAGUGUUGUGUGGCACCUAGUAUCAAUUAUCCUAAACUGCUCCUCUGGUCCAAGUAUAAAUAACUCUAGCAUUCUUUUGUUACAGUGGAUGAAUAUAUUGCAAUAGCAAAGGAAAAACAUGGCUACAAUGUGGAACAGGUAAGUGUUAUAAAUAUAAUAAAUUAAUUCAAGACAGUUUUCUAAAGAGCUUUUAUAUAUACAUUUUUGUCCAAAACAACCCUCAAUGCAAUAAAACUACAUAACUUUGAAAUAAUAUUGUCAAAAGGCUUUUAACAGCUUGGUGGAAAUCACAGCGCUGGCUUAGCCCCCAUUCCCUCCAAAAGGUCUCUGAAAAAUAGUAGUUCUAAGUUGUGUAUGAAAGGAGAAUCGGGAUGGGCCCAGUGAAGCUUCCCUUCCAUCAAAAAGGUCAUUUUUCUGGCAGAGCCUUGGACUAUGACUUGAGCAUGAGGACAGAUGAUCCUUCAGUUCUAACAGCCCUGGACUGUUCAGGGCUUUAUAUAUAUUUAAACCAGCACUUCCACACCUUUAACUAUGAUGGUGAAUCUUGAGAUGUACUGUAUGAGCACCAUGAAAGAGUAACCGAAAAGAGCAUCUAUGCAUCAUCAGCAUGACAGAAAACUGCAAGAGCUAGUAGGAUGCAUUAUGAUAAGAACAAGGGCUCUCUCUCUCUCUCUCUCUCUCUCUCUCUCUCUCUUUAAAGGCACUUGGCAUGUUGUUCUGGCAUAAGCACAACAUUGAGAAGUCACUUGCAGAUCUCCCAAAUUUUACUCCUUUUCCGGAUGAGUGGACAGUUGAGGAUAAAGUCCUGUUUGAACAAGCUUUCAGUUUCCAUGGGAAAAGCUUUCACAGAAUCCAACAAAUGGUAAGGUAAUACAUGGACUACCUGGGAAUGGGGUUGGGACAAAAACUUUUGGCAUCACAGAAGGAGACUUGCAGGAGUGGCUAGUAAAAGCAAUACUUAAAAAAAUUAUAGCCAGGUUUAAAAAAUGGACAAAUGCAGAGGAGCCACAAAAACCUUUUACUAUCACCUGUGGGAGUGAUCAGCUGAAAAUUGGGGGGUCCCCAAAACAUCUCUUGGUGAGCUGGAUGCAGGCUGCAGGAUAUUCACCCCUACCAUAGAACAUGUUUUAUUAAUAGACAAAUUAAUAUGAUAGGGUUAGUGUUUAGAAAGGUAUGGUUUGUUUCAGCCAACAUGUGAAUACCCUUCCAGAGAACCAGUUUUUAUGUGGAAAAGUAAUCCCAAUAAAUCCUUUAAUUGCACUGCUUUUCUUUUUCUGCAGUUUAAACUUAAAUAGUCAAAACCAGACCUGCAGAUCAACUGGUCAUUUACUGUGUUAUUUGACAGAAAGAUCCUUUUGAAGUCCUUUAUUAUUUAAAAGAGGAUACAGUUUAACCAAAAUAUUGGUACUAUCCAGUUAAAGCUAAGGAGUUUACUUUUGAUUUAUUCUUACAGGGAAAUGUAGGCAUUUAACUACAGUCCUAUAUCCACUUACCUGAAACUCUCAGUGGAGUUUACUUAUGAGUAGGCAUGUGCAGGAUUGCACUGUUAAAGGAUGGCCUAAAUAUAGCCUGUUAAAUAUGUAUUCAUUUAUUAUAAAUAAAUAAUCACAUGCACUCAGAUUUUAAAGUGCAAUAAAGUUGUGGAUGUUUCUGUCUCCCCUUCCCUCUUGGUAGGUAGGACCUAUUUCUCAGGAGCAUCAGCAUUUAUGAUUAUGAGGAAAUGUAACAGCCUAGACGCUUCAAAUGCCUAGUGGUUUGCUUUCAGUGUGAGCUUUAAUUCACACUCAUGGUGAUUUAAACACCUUAACAGUUUUUGUUUGCUUUUUAAAAUCCUCUGCUAUCACCAUGGGUUCCUAGUGCUGCUGGAAGGAGUCUUAGGAAUUUGAACCUUUGACUUAACGUAAUCUCCUCCCCCCACCCACCCACACUUAACAAUGUGUCACAAUAUUUCAUUCGCAUUAUUUAUAACUAGCAUCUACAUAUUGUGUUGGCAUGUUUUAGCUUCCAGACAAGACUAUUGCAAGUCUUGUCAAGUAUUACUACUCCUGGAAGAAAACUCGUUCUAGGACAAGUUUAAUGGACCGCCAAGCUAGGAAGCUGGCAAACAGAAAUAAUCAAGGGGACAGGUAAGCAGCACAACACCUUUCUGAAAAUAACAACUUGCUUAUAUCCUUUUGUGUUUCUGUUUUUGCUUUUUUUGUUACUAACGGAAGGCAUGUUGUUUCAUGGUAUUGCAUCUUUGUUACAACUAAGCAGGUGCAGAUUUACUGCAUCCAGGAGAGACCUUCCAUUAACAGUCCACAUACCCUCUUUACUGCUUUGUAGUGCAUUCCCAUAAUUUUAGCAGGAAUUAUCAGAAUGUAGCACUAGUCAAAUUUGUACACUUAUUCCAGGCAUAGGCAAACUCGGCCCUCCAGAUGUUUUGGCACUCCCAUCAUACCUAGCUAACAGGACCAAUGGUCAGGGAUGAUGGGAAUUGUAGUCUCAAAACAGCUGGAGGGCCGAGUUUGCCUAUGCCUGACUUAUUCUCAUGAAACCAUAAAUAUGUCAGGCGCAGCAUGCAUAACUUGGAGUGCUCUCUGAGACACACACACACAGAGGGAAGGGGUUUGGUCAGGUAUAAAAGGAGGGGGAUGUCGAGGGUAUGCGAGGGUUGAGGUAAGUGAGGUUGAAGAGUGAAGGAAGCAAGGGCAGCAGCCCUAGCAUGCAACCUAUUUGUGUAACUUAAUAUGCAAAGUAUGUUUUAAUAUUAAUAUACAGUGGUGCCUCGCAAGACGAAAUUAAUUCGUUCCGCGAGUUUUGUCGUCUUGCGAUUUUUUUCGUCUUGCGAAGCACGGUGUCGGAAAGUUUUGGAAAAGCUUCAAAAAUCACCAAAGUCUUUAAAAACCUCAAAAAAGGCUACCACACCGCGUUCUAUGAGUUGCUCCUCGAAGUCAAGUCGCAACUGUAUUAACGGUGUUAAGAAAAGGAAACAAACUUGCAAGACGUUUCCGUCUUGCGAAGCAAGCCCAUAGGGAAAAUCGUCUUGCGAAGCAGCUCAAAAAACGAAAAACCCUUUCGUCUAGCGAGCUUUUCGUCUUGCGAGGCAUUCGUCUUGCGGGGCACCACUGUAUUUUGUAGAAAACUACCUUACUGUAAAAGGGAUGCGGGUGGCGCUGUGGGUUAAACCACAGAGCCUAGGACUUGCCGAACAGAAGGUCGGCGGUUUGAAUCCCCGUGACGGGGUAAGUUCCCAUUGCUCGGUCAACCUAGCAGUUCGAAAGCAUGUCAAAGUGCAUGCUUCUGGCGGGAAGGUAAACGGCAUUUCCGUGCGCUGCUCUGGUUUGCCAGAAGCAGUUUAGUCAUGCUGGCCACAUGACCUGGAAGCUGUACGCCGGCUCCCUCGGCCAGUAAAGCAAGAUGAGCACCGCAACCCCAGAGUCGGUCACAACUGGACCUAAUGGUCAGGGGUCCCUUUACCUUUACCUUUUUACCUUACUGUAAGCCAACCCAGUGUAUGAUUUUAUGAAGGGUGGUAUACAGAUACUUUAAGUGUGUUAAAUAUAGGGGAGGAAACAUUUUUAUAUAUUCAGCAUAUGGGAAUAUUGCCUAAAACUGCUUUUCCUGCCAUUCAUGCUUUUAAAUCUGAUUCCCAUACUGUACUAUUCAAGCAUGGAAAUUAAUGUUUAGUGGAUGCUAUGCUUAAAGACAGAAAUAUAAUUAAUUCAAUUUGAGUCUGUUUGUUAAGCCUGUUGUUAUGAACUUCUGUGUUGACAUCAAUUAAUGACUUUUUAUUAUGCAGAAUAGCUGCAAAAACAACCUUUGCUGUAAGGGUAAAAUCAAAUAUAGAAGGAGGUGAAAGGAAGCAAGUUCCCUAAUCUGUUUGUGUCCUCAGUGAUGAUGAUGUGGAAGAAACUCACCCAAUGGAUGGAAAUGAUAGUGAUUAUGAUCCCAAGAAGGAAACUAAAAAAGAGGUAAUGAAUAGUUAAACUGCAAUAACCAUAUUAUUCACAUAAACUAUGUGAAUAAUAUUCAUGUAAAUUUAAAGAUACAGUGAGUGGGUACUAGUCACUGGCUUUUCGGUUGUGGCACCUAAAUGCUCUACAUUUAUCUCUCUUGGAUUUCAUCUUGUUGGUUUUGGCUCAGUGUUCCAGCCUGGCAAGAUUAUUUUCAUUCUUGAUUGUAGUCUUCUAUGGCCAGGUGGACAUGAGGUAGAGUGGGAUUGUCUGGUGGAUCUCUAACUGAUUUGCUAUAGAUUGGUGAGGGCUUCCAACCCCCAAAUGUUUAACAACAGUGACAACAAAACUACUUUCACCAGGAAAAUUAGCCUUCUGAAAUAAAGGAAGUGAACCUGGAGUGGAUUUUUGUGUGAAAGGAUUGCAAACUCCUUGUGACCAGAAUCAUCGCUUCAACACUGGUGAUCUUUGCUUCUUCUAGUACACUGGCAUUAGUUCACCUGUCUUCCCAAGUGAUGUGUAAAAAAUUUCCGAGACACCAUUGAUGGAAUCUUUCAAGAAGUUGGAGAUGGCUUUUAUAAGUGGUCCAUGUUUCACAAGCAUACAGCAUCCGUAGGUCCCAGAUCCAACACUACACCGCUGCCUCCCCCUUUAAGAUGGAGACAAUAUUUGUCACUCUGAAAUCUUCUGGCACCUCACCCACUCUUCACAGAUUCUAUUUGCUUUAUUUAUUACAUUUGUUCACUGCCAUAUAACAUGAGUGGCUUACAGUGAAUAAGUAAUAACAAAACCCACAAUUGAAAUACAAAGUGAAACAGAAAGCCAUUAAACUGGGGGGGGGGGGCUACAGAAAUAUUUAAAAAAACUCACUGCAAAAGAUUUCAAGAUUUCUGGCAGGUUAAUGCCAACAAGCUCAUUCAGUGCCCUGGCACAUGAUUCCAUUCAGCCUUGGAACCUUGAAUUCAUUUAAAGUAACUAGGUGCUCUCUUAACCAUUUCCCUUCCUGGUUGCAAGUCCCUCCUACCCACAGUCAUCCCCUGCUUCCAAAAAACAGUUAAAGCUAAAUAAAACUUCCUUCAUAAAACUUGGACCAGUCACUACCGUAUUUUUCCGUGUAUAAGACUAGGUUUUUUAGCCAAAAAAAUAGGUUUAAAAUUGGGGCUCGUCUUAUACAUGGGUAGUGCUGAGGGAUGUUUUCUUAAUUUGGAGGCCCCCAAAAUAGAGGGCGUCUUACACAUGGGGGCAUCUUAUAGAUGGAAAAAUACAGUAUAUCUCAGCAUAACUCACAUCACAGAGGUUGUUAGGUUAAAACGGGGGAAUGUGUAUGCCAUCCUGAGCAGCUUGAAGGAAGGGUGGGAACGAAAUGUCAUUUGGAAAAGUAAGUUAAACACAGAAAUUAAGCUAAGCUACAUGCAAGGGAUAGAGGAAAAAAUGUUAUGCGUGCUUUAGAGAAUUGUAACAGCACUAUUAAAUGUGCAAUGGUUGUGGGAUUCCCAUGAGCACUAUGAGGUAGUUUGACCUGAGGGAUAGUUAGAGGUCCCAUUCAUUUGUUUAUUUGCAAUAUUUGCUGCUAUUCAGGGCAACAAGAGCAAUUUAAACAUAAAAUUUAAGUAUAAAGCCUAGAAAGCAUUAUUGCUAAUAACACUCAUGCAAAUGUGUGUGGAUUUAUUUGACUUGCACUGGUGUUGAGACUUCCGUGGGAUUUAGAAGCUUUUGGUAAGGGUUACAGAUGCUGUAAGGUGAACAGAGGGGGGAUUCUUAAAAGAAAAGGUAUUGUGUGGUGUUUAACUUUCUUUAACUUUUUUAAAAAAACAUUGCAGGGAAGUAAUGAGCAGCCUGUUCAGUCCAGCAAAAUAGGAUUGGGUAGAAGAGAGUAUCAGAGCUUACAACAUCGUCACCACUCCCAGCGUUCCAAAUGCCGUCCUCCCAAAGGCAUGUAUCUAACUCAAGAAGAUGUAGUAGCUGUUUCAUGUAGCCCCAAUGCUGCCAACACUCUUCUUCGGCAGCUAGAUAUGGAGUUGAUCUCACUGAAGCGACAGGUAUAUCAAUUAUCAGCUUUGCUUCUUAUUUUUAGGUUUUUAUCUCUUUCCUCAUUCUGUGUGAUUGGGUAGAUGAAAACACAGUUAAACUAAGAACAUUUACAUAAUAGUUAGGUUGUAGAUUAAGUUUAUCCUCUGUAUGUGUAGUAUUGCUUAUUACUGUAAAAGAUACUAUUUCAGCUGUCUUCUAAAGCACUUCUGAAAUAUCUUAAAGCUCAGACUUUGGCAAAAAUAUUGGUUUCCCCAAUAAUAUACAGAUGUAAUAAUGACAAUUUUGACCAAACUGCGGGAGGCAGUGGAAGACAGGAGUGCCUGGCGUGCUGUGGUCCAUGGGGUCACGAAGAGUCAGACACGACUAAAUGACUAAACAACAACAAUAAUGACAGUGAUUGUUGUUGUUGUUAUUUAUACCCCGCCCAUCUGGCUAGGUUUCCCUAGCCACUCUGGGGAUGUAUACUUGUUGAGUUAAAUAUAAUUAAAGUUCACAAGCUAGGAACUUAACUUAAUUGCAUUUUAAUUAUUGAACUAUGGGGAAAGUGUUCUAUACAGUUAGUAAAUAACAAUUGUGCUUUUAUGCUGGGUUUGGAAGGCAGCCUGUUGUGGUACAGGCUUCUUCUGCUAGUCUAGUUUUUACACUGUUUUAUCUGAAUACUUUCCUGGCUAUAUAAAUGUCAAAGCAGAAAUAAUACUGUUGUAUGUUCUUGCCUCUCAGGGGUAUAAAUACAGUGGUACCUUGGGUUAAGUACUUAAUUCGUUCCGAAGGUCCGUUCUUAACCUGAAGCACCAUUUUAGCUAAUGGGGCCUCCUGCUGCCGCCGCACCGCUGGAGCACGAUUUCUGUUCUCAUCCUGAAGCAAAGUUCUUAACCCGAGGUACCACUGUACAAAAUAGCAUAGACCUGCUAAAAUGUGAGAAAGAUGAGAGGUCCUGUUUCCUGGCAAUUAAUAACCAGAACCUAAUAGUGGGAUGGCUGGCUUUCAGAAACCUCAACCAAUUGAGGUACAUAGCCCAGAUUCUCAGCCUUGGAUAAACAGAUUAGGAUGCUACCUUCAGCCCUGUGAUGUGGGAAGUUGAAACUGCCAUAGUGCAGAGCAUGUUUGUGCCUGGUGUGUGGAAGCAGAUGAACACUUUGCUCCAAUAGGCAAAUGUCAUCUCUUCAGAAGUUUUUCUCUCUGCUCAGGGAGUUGGUCACUUGGCAACAGGUGUGUGUGUGUGUGUGUGUGCGCGCGCGCGCGCGCCAAUUUGUGUCAGCUAAUUUUCAUUCCUGGUUCUGUUGUUCAUUGGACAAGGUUCAGAAUGCUAAACAAGUAAACAGUGCACUUAAGCAGAAAAUUGAAGGUGGGAUAGAAGAAUUCAAACCUCCUGAGGUGAGUCAUUGUGAAAACACAGAUGAAUGUUCAGAAAUGCAUUUGUUGUGCUGGGAGCUAAGUUGCAUGUGGCUUUGCAAAACAACGGAAUCCAUCCCAUUUUUAUUUUCAACUGUAAAAAUGUACAUAUUUGCUUAAACCGGUCAGUAAAACUUAUCUAAAAUUUACAUUGGCUGAAAUGCAUUUUUAAAAAUUUAAAUAAUGGUGUGAAGGUUUCAAAAGCAGGUUUUAGUGCCAUGCACAAAACACCUUAAACAUGACUUGUAAACAGUAGCACAUGUACUGAAGUGUAGCAGCUUUUUUUAGAAGAUUACUCUAGAUUAUACUAUGGCUUCUGAUUCCGUUAACUCGUGAUCCAAAAUUGCAAGGGAACCUAGUGUAUAUGCCAUUUUAUUUGGAUGGUCUUAUUCUGCUUAGCACAAGAACACACCAUACAUACAUUUCACAUGUGUACAUAUACAGUGGUGCCUCGCAAGACGAAAUUAAUCCGUUCCGCGAGUGUCUUCGUCUAGCGGUUUUUUCGUCUUGCGAAGCAACCCUAUUAGUGGAUUAGCGGAUUAGCGCUAUUAGCGGUUUAGCAGCUAUUAAAGGCUUAGCGGCUUAGCUGCUAAAAGGCUAUUAGCGGCUUAGGAAAAGGGGGGGGAACGAAAAAAAAAUCUCAAGACUCGCAAGACAUUUUCGUCUUGCGAAGCAAGCCCAUAGGGAAAUUCGUCCUGCGAAGCAACUCAAAAACGGAAAACCCUUUCGUCUAGCGGGUUUUCCGUCUUGCGAGGCAUUCGUCUUGCGGGGCACCACUGUACAGUCGAACGGAAUCCAUUCCAGAAGUCCGUUCAACUUCCAAAAUGUUCGGAAACCAAGGCAUGGCUUCCAAUUGGCUGCAGGAAACUCCUGCAGCCAAUCAGAAACCAUGUCGGACGUUCGAGUUCCAAAGAACAUUCACAAACCGGAACACUCACUUCCGGCUUUGUGGCAUUCGGGAGUCAAAACAUUUGAGUUGCAAGGCGUUCAACUUCUGAGGUACGACUGUACUGGUUCUCUUCAUUGAAAAGGUUGGGGAAGCUGCUACCCAGAUAGGAGUAAAAGGCAGUGCCAUGCCUUGAUGCCAUACAUGCAAAGGGUCCUAAGCUCAGUCACUGGCAUCUUGUGAAAACAUCAGAACUACUGAAUUAGGGAGUGUGAAUGCUGGCUUACAGAGUUGAAAGGUGGUGUUUGGGGCUGAAAUUCUCAAUACUUUCAGCCUCUUAACAAUUUGUAAUAUGCUCUGUUACUCUUUUUUCCUCCCUUAACAGUCGAAUCAAAAAAUCAAUGCCCGUUGGACAACAGAAGAACAACUUCUUGCAGUUCAAGGUAUGUUUGCUUGACUCCUGUUUUCCUUAAAGAGUGAAAUCCUUUGUGAUAUGGAAUGUACCAUAAAAGAUGGAUACGCAGCUAAAAGGAUAUGGGUCCAGCACCAUCACAUGGCAGGUUUAAAAUGUGAUGGAAGGAAUUUUGUCUUGUCUCACUAAUAGAAAUGAUUUGAAGAUGAGGUUGGCAAGUAUUCUAGAGGAACAGUGAACAAUACCACUUAACAUACAAAGUCAGAUUAGAUAAAGCUGGUUAUAGCUGAAAAGAUCUCAACUGAUUUCAUUUUGAACUUUCCCAUAAACUUAAUCUCUCAAAGUCUUCUAGAUAGCUCACACCCUUCAGUUCUAAAUGGUAGCUUUCUCACAUCAAAGAAGCAAGUAGAUGGCUAUUUGACCAUCUCUUAUUAGGAAAAUCAGUAUUAGAUUUCAAGGGGGAGGGAUCAAUUUAAUUGUGGAGCUGCUUAAUGUAGUGUUGUGUCUAUUGGUGUGCAGAAGCAUGCUGUGAGAAAAUGUGUUUGUGCAUAACUGUUGUAAGCAGGCUUAUCAUCUUAUCUGUGGUGCAGCAAAUGCUUUGCAUUCCAGGCUAGUUAGCAGUAAGGAUAGUUCUGCCACCAAAACUGUGCUUAAUCUAUGCAUAACAAAAAUAGUGUUUUGCUCCUAGGAAAAUAAGAGACCCUACUCCCCACAUUUCAACAUUUUUGUGCUUUCUUAUCUGAAAAUGCAAAGGUCUACUACAUUUGGAUUAGCAAAGUCCUUUUAGUCCUUUGGUUUUCUUACUUUUAAUACAGUUCUAUGCUGUUUGAUUUAGUGCAUCUUCAGCAAGGAAACAAAAAAAAAGAGCAAAAUCACUUUCUGGAUUAAUCCUAAUUCAGUGCUGGCACAUUAAAUCCUCCUUUUGUCUUAUCCAUUUCUAAAAUUCCACCACACACACACUGUACACACAUCCAUCCUCAUUUACUAAAAUACAACAGUUACUUCCAUUGAUUCUGGGAGGUACGUUCAUAGCUUUAUUUAUUAUUUUAAUGCUAGCUCACUGAGUCCGUAGUUAAAACAAGGAACAGCAAAUCAUAUUUUGGGUGUGGAGGAGAAGGACUCAGUUGGAUUUCUUAAAAUAAGUGUACUUCUGAAAAAGAAAGGGAGAAUCUAUUAGUCGGGACUUUUCUGUGUGUUCCUGGAUACAUAUAUUCAUUAUUUUGAAAAUGCGAUUUUAUCAGUCUUGCUUGCAGACCCAUGAAUUCAGGCUGCAAUAUUAUGCCUGUUUACCUGGAACUAGCUGAAGGUAAUGGGGCUUGCUCCUGAGUAAACAUAAUUGGGACAUCAGUUGUUUAAAUAUUUGCUUUGAGCUGGAACCCUAUACACACUUAAUUGGCUUUAAGCCACAUUGAAUUCAUUGGGACUUACUUCUGCAUAAACAUGCAUAGAAUUGUGCUGUUUGUAAACUUCCUAGUUAGCUAUUUCCCAGCGGUAGUGAGACUCAGAUGUUUUUGAGUGUUUAUAUAUUCUGUUCCCACUGUUCAGAGAGCAGUAAAAACAAUUGUUACCAAGAUUCCUGUAGCUAGAAUUAGAAUUAAACAUUUCCUUAGACGUCUUUCACUCUUCUUUGUCUAUAUGCCACUUAACCAGUACGGCAAAAAAUUCACUGUUCUGUAAACAGUUGCUGAGUAGCCAUUUGAAGGGACUGGUAGUGCAAUCUCAUCCAUGUCUACUGAGAAGUAGGUCCCAUUAUGUUCAAUGGGAUUCAUUCCCAGGUUUUUAUAAGAUCACAACCAGAAUUUGCUAGAUGUUACCAGCCUCAAAUCCACUCCCUCUUUGGCUAAGGACAUGGUCUGUUGAUCCAAUUUAAUAUGAGUUUCUUAUGCUGUAUUGUGAACUGCUUUUCAUAGUCCUCUCCUUUUCAAAAACAGUCUUUUGACGUGCAGGCUUCUGUUUGAAGAGUAAAGCCCUUCUGGGCACGUGGAAAUAGUUACAUGGUUCUCUACAUGUAGUAAGUAGGAUACUUAACAAUAUUAAAACUUGGAUCAAUAAAAUGAACCAAUAGCAGUAUUUUGCAUUAUGUUAAAAGUUCUUUACAGAAGCUCCAUUGUAGUUUUUUUUCAGAAUUUUUCUUUAUCUUUCAUUCAUAGAGGGAAUCUCUGUAUAUAUACAUCGUACAGACUUCUGCUUACUUACUUGAACCUUCAUAGGUGUAUUUACUUUGCCUUUUUAGGUGUCCGCAAGUAUGGUAAAGAUUUUCAAGCUAUUGCUGAUGUAAUUGGCAACAAGACUGUUGGUCAAGUGAAGAACUUCUUUGUAAACUACAGGCGCCGGUUUAACUUAGAGGAGGUAUUGCAGGAGUGGGAAGCAGAACAAGGAACGCUGGCUUCUAAUGGUGAUGCCUCUGCUUUAGGGGAGGACACAAAAAAUACUAAUGUGCCAUCAGGAAAGACCACUGAUGAUGAAGAUGAGGUGUGUUUUUGUGUACCGGAUCUUAAAUAAGCAUGAGUUCAGGAAUGGCAUUAAACUUCAUAUCCUAAAAUGUUAUGUUUUAACUUGAAGUGGAAUGCUGAACCACCUGCUGUGGAAUCUUACUGCCUCCUAGUACUUAGAGCAAACUAUGUCCCCACUUCAGUUCAGUGGGGCUUGCGUUAGCAGAACAUUUUAAGAGCUGGGCUGCCUGCCUCCCUUCCAAACCUUUCUUCUGAUCAUGCUAAUAAUGGAAAAUGUAAAUACUGCAGAAUUGUUAAGCUUUUUUUUUUUUUCAUUUCAUUUUCGUUUUGACUGAAUGUCAUACCUCUUUUUCCCCUAUUGAACUGUUUAGAAAUGGUUGCUUUCAAAGGAGGGUUUCAUAGCUGCCAAUAUGGAUGAACUAGCUAUGCUUCCCAUAUUCUGGAGGCAAUGACAACCCGAACUGCGUGAUACGACAGGAUGGCUGCUAUUACAUAUCUGUGUCACUUUGUUUAUAGGCCCAGAUCCCACAGACCCCUCAGUGUGUAGGGUCUUCUCCACCUGCCCAGGCGUCUACUCCAACACCAGCAACCCCUGUAACAUCUCUGAACCAGCCUCCUCCAUUACUUCGUCCAACCCUUCCGGCUGCUCCAGCGCUCCAUCGUCAGCCUCCACCACUUCAGCAACAGGCUCGGUUUAUUCAGCCAAGGCCAACCCUAAACCAGCCCCCUCCGCCACUCAUCCGCCCAGCUAAUUCCAUGCCUCCUCGUCUAAACCCAAGACCAGCGUUAUCCUCCACUGGCGGCCCGCAGCCACCAUCGCUUAUCGGAAUCCAGACAGAAUCACAGUCCCCUCUGCACUAAAGGAAUAGGGCAGAACUAUGGUAAAUGACAAAAUUGUAUCAGUGUCUAUUUUUCCUCAGAUAAUGAAGGGGGAAAGGCAGGGGGAAACAAGCCUUCCAAAGUAUUGAAUCAAUCUUGAACAAAAAGAGCAAGGUGGAAACCUUUACAGCAGAAAUAUGUGAUUGGCCAACUGUAUGAAAGAAACUUCAGUGCAGUAGCUUGUUACAGAAAGACCACGUCCAUGAAAUCAGACUUUUUACACAGCUAACUUCUGGGUGGGGGGGGAGAGUUGGGGGGGGACAUUCAAUGCACUAAGACUUCAGCUGGUUUUUACUCUAUUUAUUUUUAAAAAUUCUUUAUAUUCAACUACACAGAAACAAACCAUAAGGAGAGUGCAGGAGUUUCAGCUUCAGCUCUGAAGCAGGCUAUAAACCUGAUAUAUUGGGGAAAUUAUUUUUACAUGUUCCUAUGUUAGGAUCAGAAGCAUUACUAACAAUCCUGCCAUUUAGAUUUUGACAGAUAACAUAACUUCAUACAUUUCUUAGGCUUGUAUUUUUCUAAAUUUCUUUAUAAAUUGCUUUUCUUCAGAAAAAAAAAAGUUGUAUUGAAGAUUUGCAAAGCUAAGGUACAAACUAGGUUAAACCUAUCUAUGUGCUCUGAUACUAGAAGUAUGACUUACUAGUGCAAAAUCUGUGGUAGGCAGUGGUUGGGGCAGCAUCUUACUUUACAUUACAUGGAAAACUUAACACCAGUAACAACUUCUGCUGCCAUGUGGCUACUAAAGUUGUCUUCUUUUUAAAUAAUCUUUGUAGAACUGCUUUUUAUCUGAAAUUUUAUUCUAUUAUCUCAGUUCUGGCAAUAAGUUAGCAAAGAGUGCCCCCCUGAAUUCCAUAGAUAUAGGGGCAGUGUGAAACAAUAAAAUAUUUUAAAAUGUAUUUAACUGUCAUCGCUUCUCAGGCAACCUUAAUCUAUUUUCCUUGCCAGUGUAUUUCUCCCAUGUUACUUGGUAUUAAAGCAAAUACCAAAUCAUGCUUUACUGAAUCAGUCAGGAAACAGUGCGGCUCCAUGUAGAUUUGAUUCUCUUAUUCUGAAGCAAAAAAAAAAAUGCUAAGCUACUGAAGUCUUCUGUUUUCAUGAAAAGAUGUGUGUUUCUUCUUUACUCUCCCAGCUAACUUCCCCACUUCUUACGGAAGCAGUGGUAUUUAACAAAGUUUAAGGUUUCUGUGUACAAUAAAGUUGUACCAGCCUCUUACGCAUACUGCAUUUUACAGCUCAAGUGUCAAAACUUUUAGAUUAACACCUUAAUCAUGAUUAAGGUGCUAAAGGGAUUUAUCCAUUAACUUUGUUUUCUCAUGUCUUUUUUUUUUUUUUUGAAGAAUUUAUUUAAAUAGAAUUUUCUUUUGUUUGUUGUAUAUUAAAUACAAAUGUCCCAUCCAUGGGUUUUUCUUCAUAUUAUAUCUGUAUUCCCAGUCACAGUGUUUGAUUUUAAAUACUAGGUUUUCAAAGGAAAAAAGCGGCACAGUCUAUUGCCAGAAUUCUUGGGACUUUGCAAUAUUGCAACUUUGGUUCUGGGGUCAAUGUUAACCCUCUGAAUUCUUCCAACCUGUCCAUUGUGCAUUUUGGCAUAACACUCUAAUAUCAAACUACUAUAACAAUGCAUUUUCAGUAUUUAAGUAUGUAGAUCAGAUCUCCCAGUGACUGUGUUGUCCUUUUUUUGCUAACUUUUUUGCUAACUUUUUGUCUUGUCUCUUGUUGCUAGAACUUCAGUAUAAAGCAGGUUGGGUGCUGCCGCAAAUAUGGCAAUUUUAGACUAUCAAAACUGUAACUGGGCACUUGUGGGUGAGAUAGGUAUGUAGUGUAAUAUUGCUUUACAUACGCUAUUCCACACAGUAAUGAAAUGUUUAGCAUUUGUAGUACUGAAUAUGUACAUAGCAAAAUGUUGUCCUUUUUAAAAAUUGUGUGCUUUCCAGAUUAUGUGCAUACAGCUUGCACGUCCUGUUUUGGGUAGGGGGUUGUGUUAAGCAGUGUUUUUGCCUGGAAGAGUGAUAUGCUUGCUGCUUAAUCAAAGAAUUAAAGUUUCCAAGGAAUCUGUGUCUAUUUUUAUGUACCUUGUAAUGGUUUAAAAUGUUUAGGGCCCAUAUACUGUGAUUCUCUUCUAAAUUCAUUUAUAUUUUUUUAAAGAUUAGAAAUAAAACUAUAUGAUUUUUCAUUUGAAAAGGGUUUUCUUUUUUGCCAUACUAUCUUUAAAAAAACAAAACCCUCCAGCUUAACUUUGUACCAUUGCUACAAACCAUAAACUAUUCAUUUUGGUUUACUUUUUGUCACUUUAUGAAAUGUAAAAUGUUUGCACUCCCUUUAAGUUGGUCAGAGAAAAUAUUUCUUACAUUGGUUUUGACAAAUGUAACUUUACAGCUCCUUUUUAUGUACAGUUUUUCAGUUACAAUAAAGAAAUAUAAAAACUUUUAAAUGAAUGGCCGUUUAAAGGCCCACAUGUAUAUCAACUA